CCAGUCUUGAGCUAGAGAAGAUGGCGGCUAUUGUGGAGAGAGUUGAGGGAGGUGGAGGGUCUGUUGAUUCCGAAUCGGUUUCGCCGAGAUUGCCCUCUCCACCGCCCGAUCAGCCUCAUCAAAACAACCCGCUCCUCGGACUUCCCAUCGUGGCCAUCGAGACCAUUUUAAAUUUCCUGUCCUAUGAUGAAAUCAGUCUGCUGCGCCUGGUAUGUAAGCGCAUGGACAUGAUUUGCCAACGUAUGCUUAACCAAGGGUUCCUCAAAGUGGAGCGUUAUCACAGCCUCUGUCAAAAACAAGUCAAAGCCCAGCUGCCGAGGCGGGAAUCUGAGAGGAGGAACCAUUCUCUGGCUCGCCAUGCAGACAUCUUAGCUGCAGUAGAAACACGACUAUCCCUGCUCAAUAUGACCUUCAUGAAAUAUGUGGACUCCAAUCUCUGUUGCUUCAUACCUGGCAAGGUGAUAGAUGAAAUUUACCGGGUGCUGCGCUAUGUAAACUCUACUCGUGCACCACAGAGGGCUCAUGAGGUGCUUCAAGAGCUGCGGGACAUCUCAUCUAUGGCCAUGGAGUACUUUGAUGAGAAGAUUGUCCCCAUUCUUAAGAAGAAGCUCCCAGGUGCUGACCUGUCUGGUCGUCUUAUAGGAUCUGCACCAGUGGCUGGGCCAUCUAGCUCUCUUAGCACCAUGACACUGCUGGCCAAAAAUGCGCCGUCCCGCUCAGAGAUGACCAAGGUGCAACAGCAGGUGAAGGUGAAUGGUGCAUCCAUGACAGCGCUGCGGCGUGAGAUGCAGGAGGUACGUGUCAAGCAGCUCGAGCAGCAGAAGCAGCUGCAAGACCAGGAGCAAAAGCUGCUGGAACAGACGCAGGUAAUCGGGGAGCAGAAUGCGCGCCUUGCUGAGCUCGAGCACAAGCUGCGCGAACUCAUGGAGAGUGCUGUGGGUGCUGGUGCAACCCAGGCCAUGCCGACUACCUCUUCUUCCUCCUCAACUUCCUCAUCUGCUGGUGCUGUUGUCGUAGCAUCCACUUCUUCAGUCAGCCUGGGCAUGACAGCAGCAAGCAUGGUGGAGGAAGGUAGCAUCCCUCACAAACGGCGCCGCAAGAAUUCAGACCUACCACGCCACUCCAAGCGCCUGCGGAGCAAGAAAUAGGGUGAUGUCUUUUUAGUUUUUGUGGUUUGCUCCUAAUUUGUUUUUGGAGAGUCGUUUCUUGCUUUCUCCAAUCAGUUUUCUUUGCACCUGCCCACAUUUGGCACGAAACAUGGACAGAGCGUGAUGGAUAUCUGCUUUCAUUUUUACAUGUUUGAAGCAAAUGCUAUUGUGUCCCUUUGUAUCGUACACUAAUAUGCCUAAAGGCUCUUGGUGUAACGGCUUUAGAUGACUCUUGCCUUCCGUGUCUGCUGUUGUUGUAUGGCGUUGAUCCUGAAAUUCAUAGUAAAAGGAAGAAAGAUAAGCUGGAAUUAAGCAUCUGUUGCUGAGUCAAGUACAAGAGCAUGUUCUUUAUUUCCCUUGCUGAAUAACUGAACUUUCAGAAAGAGGUGAAAAAGAGCACAUAUGUAACAUAUACACUGGCUGCAACAUUAACAUUUAAACUGUUGGCCCAAGUAUGGCCAUAUAAAGUCUAAAAUAUGUAAAGCAUGUGUCUGAUUAUUUCAUUUAAAUGAUAAAUAUUCAGAAUGUGAAAGUUAAGGGAUUGAAUUUGAAACGCAUCUUAAUGAUCCCUGCCUAGUACAUAAGACACCUUUGACUAUGUUACAAUGCCAUUUUGUAGCUACCAUUAUUUUUGUGGUUAUACAGUUGCUUACUAAAUAGAGCUGCCAGUGCAAUAAGAGUUGUCAGAAGCCUUGUCACGAGUUAUUAAUGUUCAGUUUAAUUUUGAGAAGUACAUCUGCCACUCCUGUCUUGCUACAUUUUUGUUAGUCCAAUCCCCAAUCAUCUUAUCGCUUUCACUUUACUAUGUGCUGUUUCAGUCUGUCACAAAGUAUUUAAGGAAUAGUUCACCCAAACAGUGCUACAUUGGCUAGCAACAAAAUGAAAACCAAUAUUGUUGGUUAGUAUGGUGUAUUAUUUGACAACAUCAGCGUUGCCUGUUGCCUUUUUGGCAAUCCUUCUUUACUGAGUAGAAAUUAUUCAAAUCCUCAUGAAGUAGAGGAAGACAUGAAGACAUUAGAAAAAUCUUUAGUCCUGGUCAUAUGAUUCUAAAGCCCUGAAGGAAUUUGUUGCAGUGCUGCAAAAUAAUUAGCCCACAUUCCCUGACAGAUAGAAAUACACUGCUUUUCCUUAGAAGGCUGAAAUUGACUCACUUCCCUGAAAGAGUUUUUAUCAUGUUUACAGUGUGAUUCUUCAAAGAAUAACUGUGAGACUGUGUAGUCAUCAUCAACAGCUCAUCGUUUAUCUUGGGCACUGAGAUAGUGAUAACCAUUGUAAGCAUGUAGUGUAAAUAUCAUUGUGACUCUGACAUUUCUUCAUUAAGAUUACUGAAGUAUGACUGAAAUCUCUACCCUGACAGCAUAGACCGUUUCACACAGUGGAAUCAGCAGGGUGCUUUAUUUAUUUAUUUUUAUUUUAAACGUAGCAUAACUUGUUAAAAGCUUGUACGUUAUUUGUUUCUACCUGUCAUAAAAGGAUGGAAGUGAAAGAAAACUCGGAGUAAAAAAAACACUGCAAAUUCUUUACAGAAUCAAUUCAGUCAAAUAAUGAUUGUGGUUAUUAGUGAAUGAAAGACAGCCUAGCUUGUUACCUUGGCAUUAUGCUAACAUUAAAACUACUCUUUAUAGGAAAAUACAAAUUAACCCAAUUGAUGCUAAUGCAACUGCAUUCACGGUCCAUAUAUGGUUGUCUUAAAACCCAAGAAUUAUUCCUUCUUAUUCCUGAACUAUAUCUCCAUUUUGCAAGCAUUUUGGCUAAGGUUAAUCCCCACAAUUAAUGUAGCUGCAGCCUGAUGUGGAAAUGUGGGGGGAACUGGAUCUAACUAAUCCUGAAACCAGAUGUCAUAUAUGCAGCAACCUCUAAUUUCUGAAAACUUGCGUUAGAAUAGCAUGUAUGUUUUCAUAUUAUAAUCAGGGCACACUGAAAUACUUUAUAACCUGUGGUUGAAUGCAAGAGUGUCUCAGUUUGGGGGGGGGGGGUCUGUACUGUAAACAUGUACUUCAGAGAGAAGCCUGGAUUAUUUUAUCUAUGUAAUAAGGGGAAAUUAAUCUUGUACAUUGCCUGUUUGUGGCAGAGGAAAAAAAGAUUUGUUGCACAUAUUUCUGUUAAAAAAAUGUACAAAUGAAUCGUAUUAAAUCACAUUAAGCCAGA